AUGUAUUUUUAUCUUGGUGAAGUGCAGUGUAUUUUACCGCAGGGUCAAACAACACCAGAAAAAUGUCUAUCUAAUCCUUGGCAUGGUAAAGGUUUUUGUGAACCUAAUCAAUACAAAGCAGCCAUUGAUCGUUGUGAAGGUGGACAUAAAUCAUGUGAUUUAGGUAUUGAAAUUUAUAAAGAUCUUGUUAAAGUUCUUGAAAAUUGUUCGGAAUCUUUACGUCAAUGGUCAUUAACAAGUCAAAGAAAAAUUGUUCAAUCAAAAGAAUUUGGUACUACAAAAGUAACAUGGAUUGAAUCUAUAAAAGCAUUUGAAAAAUUAGCUGAAAGAAAUGAUGAUAUAACUGAAAAUAUUCAACAUAAUGUUAUUGAUAAAAUGAUUGCUUAUAAAAAUUCCAAAUAUGAAAAAUCAUUUCGUCGUGUAAUAAAAGUUAAAGAAUUUGAAAAAGAUUUUAAAAAAAUACAAAAAUCAUGGUCGGAAUUAUUAGAUAAAAUUAAUGAAGCAAAACAAGAAUUUCAUCAUGCAAGUCAUAAAUUACAUCAAGCUAAACAAUCAGAAAAUGUUACUAAAACAGAUGUAAGUUCUACUGAUGAAGACAAGAAAAAAGCCAAAGACAAUGUUGCUCAUUAUGAAUCUGUAACUGAAAGACGUAAAAGUACAUAUUCUAAAUUAAUAAAAGAUAUGAAAGAAAAACAACCAGAUUAUGAAGAAAAUAUGUUUAAAAUAUUAUCUCGUACAGAUGAUUUUGAACGAGAUCGUUUAAAUCAAUUUAAAUCAUUAUUCGGUGCUCUUCAAGAAGCAGUGUCAAUUGAAAAGGAUACACGUCAUAAUGAAAUGUCUGACUUAUUGAAAAAAGCAAUUGACAAAUAUGAUAUUAAUAGUGAUAUUCAAUUUUUUAAUCAACAUUAUGGCCGUGAGACAAAAACCAAAUGGCCAGUCUUUGAAGAUGUCCAUGAAUAA